ACCUCAACCAACGCUCUCUGUUUUUCUUCAUCUUCUCUGCUUGCUUUUCACGAGCCCUUUAACAAGAAUUUGGGUAACGGGAAAGUUAAAUUAGUACUCAAAAUGAUGUACGGUGAUGAUAAUGCUGAUUUUGCUCUUCUUGAAUCUAUUCGACGGCACUUGCUCGACGAUUUUGAUGAUCCGGUUUUGGGGUUGGGGGAGAGUUGGGGGGAAUGGACUGUGCCUGCGCCUACAGACUACAAUUCACCGGACUCCAACUUUAGUGGAAGCUCCGGGUGGUUGUCGUGGGUCGACAAGGAGGAGACACCCUCUCCUAUGGUCAAGGAAGAGCCAGAAACAAUGGGUUUCCAUGAGUUUCCGGCCAUUCUGGAUUUCACAGCGGCGGUGCCUCCUCCUCCGAAAGUGGAGGUGUCGCCGGCGCCACCACCAGUAGUUGAGAAGCACUACAGGGGAGUGAGGAGGCGGCCCUGGGGCAAGUUCGCGGCGGAGAUAAGAGACCCAGCCAAGAACGGGGCCCGGGUGUGGCUGGGGACAUACGAGACAGCAGAGGAUGCCGCGGUGGCCUACGACAGGGCAGCGUUCCGCAUCCGAGGAGCUCGUGCCUUGCUGAAUUUCCCGCUUAGAAUCAACUCAGGCGAACCAGAGCCAGUUAGAAUCACAACCAAGAAGAGACUGGCGGCUUCAACGGAUUAUUGCUCCCCCACCUCGUCAUCCUCGUCCUCGACAACAUCGGACAUUGUGUCGUCAUCUAAGAGGAUGAAGAAGGCAGCUCAAUCGGUAGAGCAAUCAGUUGAACAAAGUUCUUGCUCUUUCCAGAUUUGAAAAAAAAAAAGAAUUAAUUGAAUUGAAUUGUUUGUUAGUUUCUUGUAGCUUAGUUGAUUUGAGGUUGUUGAAUGAACUAACCCAAAAUUGCUAAAUUGGUUUCUUCGC